UUGCGUGAUGGCGGACGAGCGCCUGCGUCGCGCGCCCGCAUCGUCCGCGCCAGCGCCAGCGCGAGCGGCCGAACGGCGCGCCCUGGCACGAGACGACUGCUCGCUCGCUUAGCCGCCCCCCUCCUGAGCUGCAGCGCUCGCUGACACACACGUGUAGUGCAGGGUUUUUUGGUUAUUCGCUGCAGAGAAUAAAGAAGUCGGGCGUUUUAAUUUUCUUACUGGUAUGUGUGUUAUUGGUAGAAAACGGCGCUCGCGCUUAGGCGGGUUCCCGCGCUCCGCGACCUGACAGCUCCCCCCCCCCACAGCGGCCGCAUCCUUUAGACAGGUGUACUUGCAGACAAGAACAGGAGGAUGAGCGCUCAGAAAGUUUCUGUCCCUAAGCUGGACCAGGCAAAUCCUGGGUCAUUUCAGGAAGCCCAGAACCCUGGGCCAGCAGACCCAGGGCCCCAGUGCUCCUCUCCAUCUGCAGGAAAGUCGGAGAAAGGGGUGGGCACAUCCAGCAAUGGUAAAGAGAGAGAGGACAACCUCCCUGCCGAGGUCUGUGUGGUCAUUGGAGGAAGUCGCAACACUCAGACACAGGGGUCCUACACGUGUGGAGUAUGUGGGAAGAAGUAUAAAUACUACAACUGCUUUCAGACACAUGUCAGAGCUCACAAAGAGACAGAGAGCGGCUGUAAAGAAGGCAGAUCCCAGAACCUCAGCAACAGCUUCCGCUAUACCUGUGACAUCUGUGGGAAGAAGUACAAGUACUACAGCUGCUUUCAGGAGCACCGGGACCUUCACACUGUUGAUGGUAGAGUCUACACUUCGCAAUUACACAGCAAAAUAGUUGUGUCAGAAUGCAUAAAGCUCCAAUUUCCGGAGCUCUUGUUUGCACUGUUUAAUAUUUGCUUAUCUGGUCCAGACCCUUAUGAGCAGGUUGUCUUACCUAUGGAUGAGUCGAAAGAGGAGGAGCAGGUUGAGCCUUUUCAAAAAAGUGGACCAAAAACUGGGAACUAUGUCUGUGACUUCUGUGGGAAGCAGUACAAAUACUUCAAUCCCUAUCAGGAACAUUUGGCUCUACAUGCACCCAUACGUCGCUCUGGUGAAAUGCGGUCCUCUCGGUCAAAACAGCAUCCUUUGGGCAACAAGGAACAUGAAACCUCUAAAGCUGAACACAUUCGAAAAGAAAAUGUCUUCUGCCAGAAAAUGGAAGGCAAGAAGCAAACCAAAAUGCCAGAGGCCAACAGUUCACAGAACUCCAGUGGAACCUCGAGUCCCAAGGUGCCCAGUUCAUUUUCUGGUGCACAUAAACUGUACACAUGUGGAUCUUGCGGAAUCCAAUUUCAGUUCUAUAACAACCUGCUGGAGCACAUGCAGUCCCAUGCUGCGGACAACAAAAACCAUAUCAAGGCUGAACCUAUCACAGCACGCCCAAGUCCCACAUGUGUGGAGAUGUCGGUAGAUAAGAACCACUCAGCUCAUGGGGAGCAUCCACCAGUCAGCACCAUUUUGCCAGAGAAGGACCAUCAGCAGAUAGCAGAACGGCUUCUGCGAGUGAUGUGUACUGACCUGGGGAUGCUGAACAUCCUCAGUGGGAAGGACUUCCUUAAGCUGGCCCAGAUCCUGGUGGACACAGGAGCACGGCAUGGGGCCUUCUCCGUGAGGGAUGCCUUGGGCGAUAUGGGCUCCCUGGCCCUAAAGCAGCUGCCUUGUACGUACAACCAGGUGAAGGUGAGAAUCACCUGUGCUCUUGGCUCCAACACCUCAUCUGGAAUUGCUGUGACCUGCCACUCUCAGGCCGUCGGGUCAGACACUUGCUUUGUGCUCACAGCCUAUCAGGUGGAUGGGGUGCGACUAAAACAUUAUGUUUUGGGAGUUAAGGAGGUGGACCUCAAUAAGGGAGCAGAGCAGGUCCAACACUGGGUUCAGAAUGUCCUUUCAGAGUUUGCCACAUCUGAGGUCCGCACCAUUUAUGUGAUGGAUCCACGGGUUUGGGAGGUGCCCCUGUGUGGCCAAGCAAGCAUGUGUCUCCGCUGUGCGGGCUGUUCCCUGGGUGCCGUGGCACAGGCAGUGCUGGGCAGGAGGAACCUGAAAGCACGGGGUCUGCAUGAGCUGGAGGAGCUGAUGGCUGCCUGUCGGGACCUUGUUGGGGUUGUAGGCCACUCAGGAGACAUCCUAAGUCUAGGAACUUCUGGGGAUGUUUCCCCAACGCCCCCUGCCUGCUGGGACCAAAGCUUAGAGCCUCUGCUGCUAGUGCAUGAGCGUUUUGAGCAGAUUUGCGAAGCACUUGGGCGGAGUAGGAGGCUGGCACCUUUCCUACAGAGUCUCAACAAGCACCUCCUAGGUAUCCUAGUCUCCCUACUGUCUCCGCUGCGGCAAGCAGCAGUGCAGCUUAGCUGUGACCGUGGGCCCACCCUGCAAAAUGUACUACCCAUCUACCUGCGCCUUGAGAGGCUCUUUGCCUCCAAAGCCAGUGACCCGGGAGCUGGGAGCAGGCUGUGCCAUUGCUUUCUAGAGGCCCUGAAAGAGAACUUCAUUGUGGAGAAGGCCCAUGAGGUCGCCAUGGUCCUUGACCCCCAGCAAAAGUUGCGAUCUGUACCGUCACAUCAGCAUGAAGAAGUAAUGAGGAAGGUGUGUGAUAUAGCAGCUGAGCUGAAGAGGGUGAGCCCUAGUGGCAUAUAUGGUGCGGGUAAGGAGGACAGGGAUGGUGAGGAGCCUCCAGAUGGAAAGAGAGCUUGUUUGGACUCAGGGAAAGUGUGGGGUUGUGGGAAAGAUGAGCAGGUGAGAAAGGAACUGCUUCAGUAUCUGGCAGAGCCAUUAUUCCACAGUGCAUCUGACCCGUUCCAGUACUGGAGAUCCACGAUGGAGAAAUAUCCCAUGCUGUCACGCCUUGCUCUUUGGCUGCUGGCUGCCCCUGCAGUAGGUACACACAGUGAUUGUGUGGGAUUAUGUGAGCAGAUCCUGGCUAUGAAGAGGAAGAGGCAAGUCACACCUGAGGAGAUGAACAAGCUAAUCUUCUUGAGGUCCAAUAUGACCUGAAAACACAUUAUCGCAUUAAGUAUUUGACUUAUACAUCAGCUGUAGGACAAAGCAAAGGGCAGACGCUUAAGCAUAAUUCUUAGUUUUAUUGCACAUAAGAUCCAGAGACAAUUGUGAUUUUAGACUGCACUGUCCGAACGAAAUCUACUGUCUCUUUACACAUUAGAACUCUAUUCUAAAUGAACACAUGGAUGAAAACAUUCUCACACAUAUAAUGUUGAACACCUACCCUUAAACUAUUUCAGUGAUGGCUGUCUCUCUUUAUACUACACCUUCAAAUUUUUUUGCCAUAUUAGUGUUGUAUAGUACUUAAUUGUCUAUUUACUAUAUGUGACGUAUUAUGUUAACAACCGGUGUUUCAAGUUUCAUUUGUAUUAUGAGUAUAAUUAGUUCGUAAAAAUAUACUUGUAAUGUGAAUUCUCAUAAAAAGAACACUUCAUUACCAUUAAUAUAAGUAAGAAAAAUAAAUUAUGCAGUCUUGAACCACAAAAGGUUCACCCAUUUCUUUUCAGGAAACAUGCGAAAUCCUUGCCUUAUCAAUUAACACAGAAACUACACUCACAUUGUCAGAACUGCUUGUCCCAAGUGGGAUCGUGGUGAGCUGGAGCCUAUCCGGGAACACAGGGCGCAA